AUGAAAGAGGAGUACGACGAGGCUGUAUCACAGCAGCAAGAGGGUGCCGGAGACAAUGCCGCAGCCGGGCCCUCCAACUCGAACCAGAUCAGCACGUCCUUCUUCCCACCACCGCCGCAGGUUUACAAGAAGUUCACGAAGCGCAAUCUGAGGUAUCUCGAGAUUCUCAAUUCGCAUCCACUAGCAGACGACGAGACACCAUGGGAAGAGCUGAAUGCAGCUGAGCGACUUAAAAGGCAGACUGCCAUUCUCCGGCAGCAUGGCUUUCUUUUGUUGGGAAGGUCCAAUGAUAAGCAAGAGGGAGAAGACGUGGAGAUGGACGCUGUCGAGGGUCACGACGCAGGGGCAAACGCAGCCGACCUGCCCGACUUUGACCUGAAAGCGGACCUCGAGCCGCCAAACGUCGACUGGAUCGAAGAAGAUGGCGGAUACACCGUGUUUGGUCAGCUCUGGCCCAUACCUGACGUCACGCCAACAUUGGAGCAGCUGGGGAUCCCAGUCCUCUACCCACUCGAAGGCACAAAUCGCAAAGAGCUGCUUCUGACACUACUUCAGACACUGCUGCAGACCUACCGAGAGAUCACAGCCGACCUGUUGAAACCAGCACAGCCUUACGACGUCUGGGUGCCCGCUGUGCCAGAUCCCAACCUCACUCCCGAACAGCAACAGCAGCAGAUGGCAACCAAUCCCGGCUUCUGGACACAGUCGACUGAAGCAAAGGACAGGCUCAAGCAUAUGCAGAAUGUGGUGGUCAACAUGCAAUUCCUGAUCAACGAGCUCAGACCAGUGCAGGCCAGGGAGACACUCAAGCUCAUCAUGCAGAUGCAGCUCGAGAGGCGGAAGCAAGAGACACAGCUCAUACGAGACCGAUGUGCAAGCAUGCGCACACGGGUUCAACAACUCAAAGAUAUGCUGGCGAAGCAGACUGAUUCCUGA